AUGGAUCCAGCAGCACAGCAACAAGCCGAUGCAGACAGAGCCGCUCUCAGAGCAGAGGCGCAAGCAUGCUACCUCCAGAUGCUUCAGACAACCAGAUGCUUCGACACAUUUUGCAACGACAUGCAGGCCGCUGUCAACGAGCUCAGCCAAUACGACGUGACGCGAUACCUUGACGUGACUCUGAAAUGCGACUACCUCAAAGACCUCAUGAGGACCGCGACAAAUCAAACAGCAAUGUUCUUCAACCGCUGGCAAGACCAUCCAAGCCCUGUUAUCACGCGAUACCACAUCAACCAGAUAACGUUGCUACUUUUACAGCUGCGCGGCCACCGCAACAGAAUUGCAGAGUUGUACCUGACAAGGAUGGAUUACGACAACCCAGAGCCCUGGGACCUGGAGGAUAACUUGAACAAGCAUUUGACGGUGCUCCAAGAUGAUGUGCAUCGGAUUUUCAUCUUCACAGGCCUGCAGGUUCGCCUUACCGAGUCGGACUUUGAGGAUGCCGGACUCAUCUCGAAGAAAUCGAGUCCAGCACCACAGGAGGGCUAG